AUGUACUCACCUUCCAUGACAAUUCAACAAGAUGAAGAAGAUCACUGCUUGGUGUUGGCUUUUAUUGAUUUUUCAUUCCCUGAUCGGACCAACACUUCCAAUCGAUUCAUUACAAGUAAUAAUCAAAUAGUUAUUGAUUUACCUGUGGAAGCAUUCAUGAUGGUCCUAUCAAUUGGAUGUAUUUGUAUUGCCUUUAUGAUAUUCAUGUGGAUUGGAUUGAAAAGGAGAGCCAUUAAUAAUGAUCAACAAGAAGGAAAGGAAGAAUUGAAACAAUUGAAAGAUAAAUUGGAGGUUGAUGCAAUGGUUUUGACAUUUACUAGACAAUUUUUCAAGAGGGAAAUCAAGUAUUUAAUUCCAUUCAUUAUCAUUGUUGGUUCAUUGUUAAUUGGAUUCGAUCAGACGAAUUUAUUUGUUACGAAUUCCAUUUGUUUUAUUUUGGGAUGUUUUGCAGUCAUUUUGGCAACCUAUGUUAAUGGUUUAAUUUCGAAUAGCAAUUCAAGUAUAUAUAGUGGAGGGGAGAUAAUUGGCUUAUCUAUUAGGUUUGGAAGUGUGAUUGGAUUUUUAACACUUGGUAUUUCAUUGAUCAUGUUAAUUGCUUGCUUUUUACUCUUUUCAAAUUUUAAUGCUGUACUGUCCUUUGUGUUGGGAUGUAGUUCCAUUUCAUUGAUUAGUCAAUUGAGUGGAUCUGUUUUUCAAAAGUCAGCUGAUGUAACCAUGAAUUUAUUGGGGCAAUAUAUUAAUAGUAGUACGACAGGUCAAGAAGAAAAUUUAACAUCUGACCAUAAGAGAAAUCCAAUUGUUAUUGCCAAAAUUGUGGGAGAACAUAUUGGUGGAAUAGUAGCUCACUCUACUGAUGUUAUUCACUCGUUUGUAGCAAUUGUUGUUCUCUCCUCAAUUAUUGGAAGUCAAUACUUUGGAACGAAUGGAGUUUCUCUGCCUCUCUACUUGGUUAUUAUAAACAUUUUGACUUCUAUUAUUGGAAUAGUUGUGGCUGCACUUUCUAAUAUAAUAUAUCCAUCACUGCAAACCAACAAUGAAAAUAAUCAAGAGGUUGAAAAGAAAAUAUCAAAAUUGAUAGUCAAGUCUGUAGCAAUUAGUGGAACAAUUAAUAUGGUACUUGUUCUGGCACUCACAUUCACUCUCUUUGAUGUUAUCACACAGGGAUGGGCUAUAUUCGGUUGCUACCUGAUUGGAUUCUUGAAUGGUGGAGUUUUAAUUCAAUUCUUAUUCAGAUAUUAUACUUUCCACAGAUAUCGUCCAGUUCAAUACCUGGCUCUCAAUUCUACAAGUUGGUAUCACUAUGUUUCAAGUGGAUUUUCUCAUUCAGUUCUAUCCCUCAUUAUUCCAAUACUUUCCAUUAUUGUCAAUAUCAUUCUUUGUAGUGCUCUUUCUACUUUCAUGACAGGUGGUAGAGCAUUUGGAUCAUUAUUUGGGUUGACAAUUUCUGGUAUUGGCAUGUCUGCAAAUAUAAUUUUCUUCCUAGUACUGGAUACUAUUGUUCCAAAUAUGAAUAUUAGACACUUGGAUCAGAAAGAAACCAAAUUGAAUCCAACUCUUCACACUUACUUUUUAACAAAUGGUGGUGUGAAUAGAGGUUGUCUUUUAAGUAUUACUCUAUUUUUCUGUUUGAGUGGUUUGCAAUUUUUGAUGGUCAAGAGUGGCUUGGGUGUUGUAAACAUGAUAGAUCUUUCUACCUUGAUUGGCUUGAUUGUUGGAUUGGUACUGCCAUUUAUUAUUGUUGGACUAUUGUGGAGCACAAUUAAUUAUUGCUCCAUGCAAAUGAUUAAUGAAUGUAAAGGUCAAUUGAGAGAAAUUGAUGGCCUGUUAGAAGGUAGACUAAAUAGUAAACCUAAUUAUGAGAAUAUGAACCGAUUACAGGGUGUGAAAUCUAUCAGAGGCGUCAUUAUGAUUACUAGUAUCAUUUUUUUAGCACCAACUUUGAUAGGGUUAAUUGGAAGACAAAAAAUGUUGCUUGGAUUUUUAGUGAGCUUUUCAUUGGUUGGCUAUUUUCUUUCAUUUAUAAUGUUAAACUUGGGCUUUUCUUGGAAUUCUGUGAGAAGAAUUGUGGAGCUAAAAUAUACUGAGCAGUCUCUUCAUAUGGAUAUCACAAGACAUAAUACUGUCAUUGCGGACACUGUUGGAAUUUCAUUAAGAGACUCUCUUGCUCCUUCCCUUUUAUCUAGUGUUAGAGUUGUUACUCUAAUUUGUCUAGUGAUAGCCCCAACAUUGAAAUUUCUAUAUCCAUAA